UCAGAGGACCAUCACGAGUUCCAGCCAAUGACAUCUAAGAAUGGUAUCUUGCGGUUACUAUGGAUAUGCAAGGACUCGCUGGUUAGUUUGUUUGUUGUGUGUUUGAGAAACAGUUUAAUUUUAUUUUGCUCUUCAUUUAGUUACAUGCUCAUUUUAAAAUGGACGAAACUGGAAGUUUAGAAGUCAGGUGGAUACAAGGCUUUACAAACAAGAGUGUCGACUUUGUGGACAAUGAAACAGUAUGUUACAUAUGUGGGAGUCAUAUCUGUUUCCUGAACAUGGAGACAAAAACCCAAAGUGUGUUUCAGAGUCCUGGCAGAGGCAUUGGUGCAUUAACAGCUAACAGCAAGAGUGGGAUUUUUGCUUUCUCUGAGCAAAAACUAUCCCCCUCUAUAUUUGUGUACAUUUUCCCCGAGCUUCAGUUGAAGAAUGAGCUAAAAGGAACAGCCCAACUGGACUACACAUCUCUGGCAUUAUGUGAUGGUGGUCCUUAUUUGGCCUGUUGCUCCUCUCUUCCUGACCACACCAUUACAGUGUGGAACUGGGAAAAUGCUGAGUCACUUUGUACACAACCACAUGAUGGAAAAGAUGUCAUUUCUUUGGUUUUCAACCCUUUGAACUGGUACCAGCUUUGUGCUUUGGGUGCUACAUCCCUCACUGUCUGGAAUAUUGAGAAGAGUGCCAGCUUUCAUGUCCUGAAACCAAGUACGAUAGAGUUUCCAGCAAAAGAUGGGUCCAUUAUUGAGAGACUGUCACCCACCCUUCACAUGACUAAACCUUGUACCAGAGCCAGACUGACUCCUUCUGCCAUCUGCUGGACAGCCACAUCAGAGCUUUAUGUGGGCUGUGAGGAGGGCUUUCUGCUCCUUGUUGAUCCAGAAAGCCUUUCUGUCUCACUUCUCUUCAACCCCACAACUGCAGAUGCCACCUCUGAACUCCAAGAGAGCAGCUUUCAAAGCCUAACCUUUAAUAAGAACAAUCUGAUCGCUGUAGGGAAGGAGAGUAGGGUGCACUGUCUGCAGAUCAAAGGAACUCAGGUCAACAUUACACGAACAUGGCAACUGGAAAGACCUGUCACCACUGUGAUGUACUUCCCUGAUCAGGAGACAUUACUUUUAUCUUCUAAAUCAGGGCAGAUCUAUAUGCUGAACUCAGCCCAGUCAGAUGAGAUUGUGAAGGUCCUGGAUGUUCUCAGUGGAAACUUUGUGACAGCAGCUUUGUUGCACACUGACAGGAAUAUCUGUGUGUCAUUGAGGGAGUCUGGAGAACUGCAGUUGUGGUCCUCAGAUGGUAUCUGCAUCAGUUCGCUGUUUCUUCAAGCUGAGGUGACAGGUCUAGCCUGCUGUCCUAUUGCACAUUAUGCAGCUGUUGGAACAGCCUCAGGAAUCAUCCUCUUCAUUGACCUGAAUGACGAGCAGCAGCCUCGCCUGGUGCACCAGGUUCAGCUCCACCACACUGCUGUGGAUCAGCUAGUCUUUGAUCAAGAGGGUCACUACCUUCUCACCGCUGCCUCAGAUUCACAUAUUUAUGUCAUUGAUGCAAAGCCUUCGACAUCAUUUUCAGUCAUAGGAUACACAGUUAUUCCUGGACGUAUUUUGUCACUUUCCACUCAGUACAUCAGCGACUGUAAGAAGGUCGAUGUUCUUGCACUGUGUGCUGGACAAGAGGACAAAGAACAGGAAGGCAGUCUGCUCACAGUGCUCUCUCUGCCUGCCGGGAACCUUGCAGGUACAGAUUGUGUAGAUCGACAUGGAUGUCUGUCCACUCGCUUCCUCAAAGUGUUUCAAUACAAAGUGCAUCAUCCACUUACAUCCUGUGUUCUGGGAGUCAGUGAAGUCUUCGCUUACUGCCACAAGAACAAAACACUUCAGCGAUUUCAGCUUCCUGAGGUCACAGACCAUUUCUCCAGCCAACAGGUGGUCGAGCUGAAACCAAACCAGGAAGUGAGGGGUCAUCUGCUGGGCCCUGCCUCUCUUGUUUUGUCUCCUCAUUGCUUAUGGUUGGCUUCUGUAGGCCAAGAUGGUUUACUACGGAUUAGAGAAACUGUUUCCAUGGAGCGGUACAUCGAGCUCCAGUGUCAUUCGUUGCGUCUUGGUGGAGUCCGGAGUGUGUCUUUCUCCGCAGAUGCCCUCACACUCCUCACCACUGGCUUCAAAGAUGGCUCUCUUUUGUGCACGAGUCUCAGAAUUAAAGACGUGGAUGCUGGCAAGGGGAAUGAAGCUGCUCAAUAUAGUCAAUCUAUGGCACGUAUCUUGAAGAACAUAUUCAAUGCAGAAAACCCCGUCCUCAUCAGCUUUCCUGUGUGGGGCCAAGAAACUCCUGACAGCCCUGAAGAACCAGAGGAACGUGAGGUCAGUGGAGGUGACCGUGUGGAUGUGACCGAACAAGAUGAGAGUUAUAGCAGCCUGCCGUGUGCUCCACCUUCACAUCCCACCUGGCUGGAAAGCAGGCGAGAGGCAGUUAUAAAAGAAGACAAUGAGAAAUAUUCUGAGAUGAAGAAAAACCUGAGAGAAACCAUCAAAGAGUUACGUGAUGCUAUCCAGGAGAUGGUACGUGAAAAUGAGAACCUCCCAGAGCAACACCUCAACCUGGAUGUUGAGGAGCAAAGGAGACUUGAGGCCAUGGUGGAGCAGGAGGUCACAAGGGUGAAGUCUGACAUUGAAUGGGACAUUAUAGAAAAAUGUUACCUCUGUGACAUCCUAAAGAGAGAAUGCUGGGAUUCUGUGAAGGUCAAAGGCAGAGCCAUUAAGGCCUUUCACUCUGAAAUUGAGGUGCAGAACUUUCCCCUGAAAGAGCACACAGAGAAAGAGUUGGAGGACCUUCGCCGGGUGGAGAACAUCAGGAAGCUUGAAAAAGCUGCCUGCACCCUGCAGCUCAGCACCCUGAAGAAAAGCACACAAGAGGAAGAGCAGGGCAGGGAAGGUCAUGAGGCAGAGAACGCUGCUCUGACAGGAAGCUUCUCCUCUCAGCUGGGAUUUUCAAACCCUUACAUCUACGAUCAGUUCAGCCUACAAACCACAGAACAGCGGAUCAACCAGAUAACUUUGCUACAGGAUGUGAUUUAUCGCAUCAAGACGGCUUUCAACGCUGACUUUGAGGUCCUGCACAGGCAGAAGGUGCAGGAGCUCAAACGUGUGAAGGACAGGAACAGAUUGAUCAGGGAAAUGAUGCUGGAGCUGGACAUGAACAUGGAUCUGUGGGAGCCUAGCCUGACCGACAGCGAGUGGCCAGAGAGGCUGCUCACCGUGGACGACUCUGAGAUCAAAGCAGAAAAGUACCUCACCCCAGAACAGCAAAAGGAGGAAGAGAGGAGGAAGCUGGAUGAGCAAAAUCGUUUGGCUGCACAAGAUGAUGAUUGCAGAGAAAGAGCUCUGGAUGACAUGAUGGAAGGUGUGCUUGAAGUGAAAAAGAAGGACAUCUUGAAAAUGGAAAUACCUCCGCCUGAGUUCGUUUUGACCAAAGCUGACACUGACUGGAGUGAGGAGGAGAAAAAAGUCUACAGAGAGUACGAAAAGAAAAUCAAAGACCUCAAUGAGGAGAAGGAAAAAUACAAAAAGGCACUGAAAAUUGAAAUGAAAAAACUGCAAGACUCUACUAAGGAUGCGGCUGAAAAGUUUGAUGAAACUUUGACAAAGUUGUUGGAGAAGAAAGUAAACUAUACAGUAGCUAUAUACCAGGAAGAGCUCAAGAUUACCCAUCUUGUUGAUUCAGUUCUCAUAGAAGAGGAGAUGACAAAUCGAGAGCAGGAGCUCAAGCUCAAACUUGAAAAAAUGUUGGCAUACAAGGAUGAAACUGGAAAGGAGUUAAAGAGACAUGAACAUGAAGUAGAGUCGUUUCACGAGGCUUAUGACAACCUUGUAGCGGAGGACAAACUUCUAGACAAAGACUUCAAAAGGGGGUUCCCUGAUGUACCAGACCAAGUGGCUGAUUCUCUCUAUAAGCUGUUUAAACGUAGACCCAGGGUGCAAAAGAUUAGGACUCAGACCGACAACACCUCCAAACUGUCUAAAGAGCCUGGUCUGUGUGGUUCUCUGGCGCCUGAUGGGCUCAGCAAAAUGCUUAAGGCCAUGGAGGAGCUGGAUGCUCCUGAAAAUAUACCAGAGGGCUUGAAACCAUGGAUUUGGGAGAGGUUCUGUCAUAUCCGCAGAGCAAAAGUAGAGAGCGAGCAAAAGGUUAAAAUGAGAGCUCUGACUCUUGCUGAGAUGCAGGCGUUCCUACAGAGGAGGAGAGAUGAGGUUAUAGCGGCCCAACAGGAAACUAAAAAUCUCUCAGAAGCACUCGAAAGUCUGCAUAAAGAGAAGAACCAAAACCUGAUGGACACUAUGGUCCAGCUCAUACUAAAACAGGGCCAGGUGGAGGUGUCCACCACAGACCUGACUGCUGAAUGCACUGACUUCAUCCUUUACCAUAGGAGCGUCGUGGACGACCUCAGAAAAGAAAUCAGGAUGCUUGCAGAGCAGAAGAUCGCCUCUAUGGUGAGGUGCAAAAAUGUCCGUAAGGGCAUGAUCCAACUGGAAUGGCAGCACAAGGUGAUGAGGAAGCAGAUAGACGAUCUCAACGAGAAAGCGAGAGGCAUCAAGAUGCUACGACUGUUGGCGGACCAACAGGACAUGACUUAUCUCAGCAGGACGGCUCAAGACAUUCGCAUGUCCAAGCAAGUUUCCAGUUUGGAGAAAAGUAUAGCUUUAAUGAAUAAGACUCAUCUACAUAACGUGCAGCAACGCAUAAAAAAGAUUGAACGGAUUAACAGGCAGGCAGCGAUGAAAGCUGAGAAGAACUUGGUUUUCGAACAGCAGCUUCCUGACAUGCAGGUGACCGUGGCCGAGUUAAGACAUAUCUGUGGAGCGACAGCUUCAGAGGACAGCGAGGCAGCUGAAGCAGAAGAGCGGUACCAGGAAAUUGUUCAGAGGAGCAACUUGGAGGACCUCGCCCGAGCGCAGGCAGAAGACCUGGAUUUCCUCUGGGCAGAGGUUGAGCGUCUGAGAAAGAAGAACUUUCCCUCACUGGAUCAGCUGAAACACCACUGAACAAAGACUUCAGUUCAACAGAUAACUAAUUUAUUUACAUUUUUCUUAGCAAGUAAAACUGAACAUGACACGUGCAACUUAAGCUGUGAAUGAAAACUGUAGCAGCAACAAGUAAAACUGUUAACUGAGGAUAUUUGAAAUGUGACUCUUCCUCUGUAGUAUUUUCAUAAACUCAUUGUACAAAUGAUGUGUUUCAGAGCAUAGUAUCAGGUAGAGAAGUCCUCCUCUGUGCGAUCAAAGUGCAGAAUGCCGUCAUCCAGACCGAAGAGGUCAAUAAGCUCGGACAGGUCGGCCUUUCGUCCAUCUAUGGGGACAUCUGACUGGAGCUCAUACAGGGCAGCUUGAGCACAACUCCGCCACUUUUCAAUCAAGGUUUGGAGCUGCGUUAAAUCAUUCUGGGGAGAAAGAUGGGAAAUGUGUUACAAAAAGCACCACUUUUACUCUAGGUAGCCAAACAUAAAUCCCAUUUGGUUUAAUUUAAAUGUAACUGAUACCUUGCUUCUGUACAUUUUCACCAUCUUCAGCCUGCGUAGAAUCUCCAUUUUGUCUUUGACCUCCUUCUUAAGUUGUUGUGCAAAAUCCUCAGUGGGGAGAUGUGUUGGUUCAGGAACUGGUCCAGAAAACCUUUCACUCCCUGAUUUCGCCUCAUUUCUAUUUACAUCACCAUCGUGCGUAAUGAUUGAGGGAUUAUUAACGGUCUCUCGGGAAUCUGCUGAAACUUGUCGGCCAUCCUCCUCCUCCUCAUCCACACAAAGGCGUUUAGCCACAGAGAGGGGCGAAGUGAAGGAGCGCCUUGAUCUCUUCAGCCUCUCCUUCAGGGAAUCACUCAGCUUUGGAUGCUGCUGUGGGACAACAGAGAAAAAUGAAUCAUCAAGGGAAGCGUACGGACAAGCGAGAGUAUUAAAAGUUAGUCAACAUGCUUUAGCAGAUUUAUGUAAGAGACUAUGCAAGCAAUCAGCACAAACUUACCUUUUCCUCCUUAUAUUCACAAGGGCUCGACUCUGCUGAGUAACAGAGUGAAGAAGACUUUAAUUUGGCUGCUUUAGGAGUGAUCUCCAUCGGUGAAACUUGCCGUGACUCAUGUAAACUAACGCAGUUAAACUUAGUUUGGCUCUCUAUGUUAAGUUAGCCAAACAGGCAAUAGCUAAUCACCUAUCUGUGCUUCAACAAACACGAAAAACGCCGCUGUAAACCCCAGACUAUCAUAGAAACUUAGAAGCGUUUUCUUAAACGCUGUCGCAAUAAGCACCAAGCAGCCAACUCUUGCUGUUUUCACAAAACGCUGAGUAAAACAUAAAACUUCAAGCGAUGUGACAUUUUUGUUUUUCCGUAUUUUUGCGGCACAAAACCUUCGACCUCAGCGAUUGGGCAGAAUCCGAUGACGUAUUUGCCGAACAGCAUCUUGGGAUGUGUAGUUGUCAGUGGCCCAAAAGUCUAACUUUACAAGCAGAUGUUUUCAUGUUAUUGCUCAAACGCACACCGUUUCUUUAUGGUUCUUUUACCUCUUAUUUCUAGUUUUCGUAAAGUUAUAUUUACCAAAUGACUUUUGUGGUGCCUGUGAUGAAAUUAGCAGACAGUUUCUGAGCUUAAAAAAUUACACAUAGCCUACAAACUACUGUUCAAUACACCACAACCAAACCAGUCAAAUAAUAGCAAUAAGCAUGUUAGAGUGAAUUAGUUUUUUUUAAAAAAAGAUGAGACACUAUUUGAUAGGACUGUUUAAGAAAUGGAGAUACUUCUGUGUGUAACAGUGGCAGAAAGCAGAGGUGAAUUUGUGGGCUUGUGGUCAGUUUUACUGUUUCUUGUUACCCCCGUUACUAGGGUCAAGUCAUCCUGUGAUUCAGCUCUUCUCAUCAGUUGAUUCACCACAUUUAAGGGACUUAUUUAUAACCCCUCCAGCCUGAUCCAGCCCUCGGUUGUUUGAGGUUGUUUUCAAACUUGUGCUGAUGUCUUUUUUUUCUUUUUAAAAAAAAAUUUCUGUCCUUCUUUAGCUGUGGGGUGAAAGGUGUGAAUUAAAACGUGAUCCUGCUUGAACUUGAACAUCGGCACUUGGCAGUGUGAUAUUACACACCCCAGGGACCUGGGGAUUUUUUACAUUUUAUAUGGAUGAAUCUUGCAAGGCUGAGAGAUAAAGAUAACUACUAUGUGUAUGUCAGGAGACUGUUUUCUAUGCUCUUUUUUUUUCAUCUUUUGAAUAGCUGACACAAAAUACGGUGCCUGCUCAGGAAUAAGACAUGAGGUAUAGCAAUAGUAUGGGUUUACAGAAUCUAGAGGCUAUGUGAGACAGUGAGUGGAGGUGCCAGGUCUUUCAUGAAACAUAGGUAUAUAUGCCAAGCACUCAAAAAUAUGACCUCGUGCCGUGUUUUUUCUGGCUAUUAAAUCCUGUCAAUGCACAUAUAUAGGUCAGCGGUGAGACACUAUCAUCUGCUUUAUAUCUAUUGUGGUAUUCUCUGGCAAUUAAGCAAUAUGUUGGGAGGAAGAUUCAGCUUUUCCCCUCCUUUUGCAACUGGAGGAGAUGUGAUUAUCGCAUGCACAGACUGCAGUGGUGCCAUUUGAUUUUCUUGGCUGAGAAGGUGGUUUGUAUUUUUGGAUUAGCAGGUUAUUUUAAUUUCCACAUGAUACUCUAUCUAAUCUACUGUUGCGGUGUUGGAGUUUUCCCUUUAAAAUGGUGCCAGUGUGUCUCAUCUGCAAAUGAAAGCCCUGUAAAGGAGAGUUUUCCAUCAUCUGUAAGACACAGCAACAAAAUUUCCUCAAAAUGCAGCUUCUGCUUUAGUGUUUGUCGCUGGUGCACAAUCAUAGAAAAUGCAAAUAAAGACACUGAAAACCAA